AUGCCUGCCCUGGCCACCGGAGCCGGCCAUGAGCCAGGUCUGUAUGAGCUGCUGGCGGCCCUGCCAUCCCAGCUGCAGCCUCAUGUCAACUGCUCUGAGGACAACACCUUCCUUCAGGAUAUGUUUGGAGAGAGAAGUCUCCACUCACUUGUUAAGAGCCUCCUGUCCGUCCACGACGCAGUUGCCCAAAAGAAGUAUGACCCCGAACUACCUCCGCUGCCUGAAGACAUCGAUGACGAUGAAGAUUCUGUGAAAAUUAUAAGAUUGGUCAAGAACAAGGAGCCACUGGGAGCAACAAUAAGACGUGAUGAGAGCACAGGUGCCAUCAUUGUGGCCCGGAUCAUGAAGGGAGGGCCAGCUGACAGAAGUGGUUUAAUUCAUGUAGGGGAUGAACUGAAGGAGGUCAAUGGAAUCCCUGUGGACGACAAGAAACCAGAGGAAAUCAUUCGUAUUCUGGCACAGUCACAAGGAGCCAUUACCUUUAAAGUUGUCCCUGGUGCAAAGGACGAGGCAUCUAUCAAGGAGCCACAGAUGUUUGUGAAGGUGCUCUUUGACUACGACCCAAAAGAUGACAACACCAUCCCAUGUAAGGAAGCUGGUUUGGCCUUCAAGAAGGGUUGCAUCCUACAGAUCAUGAGCCAAGAUGAUGCAACCUGGUGGCAGGCCAAACACGAGGGCGACACAAAUCCUCGUGCUGGCUUAAUACCAUCCAAACAGUUCCAGGAGAGGAGACUUGCAUUUCAGCAACCUGUUACGACUCUUUCAGUUCAACUCCUUAUCAUCACUGCCGGAAGAGAGAAUGAAGACAAACAGUAUUACAUGACUGCACCACAGACAUGUACCGCAGAUUGUGUAUCACUAGAUGAUGUGACAGUAGAGUUUGAGGAUGCUGAUUAUAGUGGUGGAUUUCACCUAGCUGGGUUCAGGAGAAGCUUUCGCCUCAGCAGGAGAGACAGAAAGACCACCAAGUCCAUGUACGAGGCGAAGAAGAGUGAAAUGUACGACAUGGCUGACGUGCCCACAUACGAGGAAGUCGUCCCGUACCGCAGGCAAAGGGGAGACAAACACAGGCUGGUGGUGCUAGUAGGACCCACAGGUGUCGGCUUGAGUGAACUGAAGAAGAAACUGUUGAUCUCUGACCCCCAGCACUUCAGUGUGACCAUUCCACACACCAGUCGACCCAAGAAGAACCAGGAGACCGAUGGUGUGGAUUACCACUUCAUCUCCAAGCAGCUCUUUGAGACGGACAUCCAAAACAACAAGUUCAUUGAGCAUGGCGAGUACAAAGGGAAUUUCUACGGCACAAGUCUGGACUCGAUACGUUCAAUCCUCUCAAAGAAGAAAGUGUGCCUGCUGGAUGUCCAGCCUCAUCUAAUAAAGCAUCUUCGAACAGCAGAGUUUAAACCUUUCGUUGUGUUCGUGAAGCCCCCGACCGUCGACAGACUGAGAGAGACCAGAAAGAAAACCCAAAUUAUAUCAGGCAAAGACGACAAGGACUCCACCAAACCCUUCACGGAGGAAGACUUUCAGGAGAUGGUGAACACGGCCCAGACAAUGGAGACUCAGUACAGCCAUCUCUUUGAGAUGGUUAUAGUCAACGACAACCUCGAUGUUGCCUUCAGCGAGCUGCAGUUGGCACUAAAGAAAGUGGAGACAGAGACGCACUGGAUUCCAGUCAGCUGGACUCACUCCUGAGAGACAUACUGACUGUAAAAGGAGAAAAGGGAAGCGCUUUGACAAAAAUAUGCAGGUUUUCUAUCUUUUUAAAAAAAUAUUUGCCAGGGACGGUGUUGGGAAGUAAAUCAGGAAUAAAACAGUGCCUGGCUGCUGUGUCGCCAUACCUGAACUGCAUCGAGCUAAAAAUAAGCUUCUGCCUGGGAUCAGGUUGGAUUUAGACCUCAGCUGUGGUCUGGAAGCUCCAGGUCUGACCAGAUGUGAUCAGGUUGUGGCUGCAGGCUUCUUUCCAGAAUCUAAGACUUUGACAUUGAUCAGGGUCUCAGUCUGGGUCACACAUCCAUGGCCACAACUUGGAGCGCCUUGGUCCAAACCGGAACGUGGAGCGAGCUUGGAGCAUCGUAGCACCAGCAGUCCUGCCAGCACAUCAGUAAACCGGCCAAACAGGACUCCUUUAGUGGUUUUAUAACAUUAGACCAUUAGAAACCAAAGGGAUUGAUGUAUUUCUUCUUCGUGGACAACUUACAUGUGUUUGUCUGUAAAAGAGCACAGCACCAGGGAAAGAGGAGAAAGGAAAACAUACUUGCCUUCUGUCUUACUAGACUUUUGUACAUCUAAAAUCUUCCAUGACUGUUAUUCCAAGCAAAACACUGUCAGGUACACUUUUGAGAAAGGGCAAUAAGUGUAAUUUUAUUUAAAAGAAAUUAAUAUAUUUUCUAAUAUCUGCUUGUAGUCCUUUUUAUGCAUUUUAUAUACAUUUAUGACUUUAAUAUGAUCUUAGCUGUAGCCAUCUCUGUGACAGCCUCUUUUUACUAGAAGCA